GGGAAACUUUAUUCUCGUCGCGUCCGACAAUUCCAUUUCAUACUUUCCACCACCCAAAGUCGCGAAAUCAUGUUCCUCUCUUCAGCGCGCGUCGUCCAUCCACAAAUUCAGAUAUCAAAAGCUUCAAAGAAGUUCUCCAAUUCCAAUUCUCAUUCCCGUUCCCAGUUCAAUUGCUGUAUACCCCUGCUGUACCUUUCUCUUCACGAUUUCCGCUUUUGAUUGCUGUUUUAUCGCCGAGACGCGAUACUGUAUGUACAAAUUAUAACAAUCCUACUUUCCCACGUAUAUGCCCUUUUGAUAAGGCCCCAUGUCUCCUUUGUCACUUCCGUCCCUGUAUGACGGCGGUCAAUCAUACAGUUGGACAACCACCACUGAUGAACCAUAUUAUACUGAUGAUGAUUUGGUUAUCUUACAUGAUAUCGUUGUUCGCGCACAACAUAUCUUGCCCACUCUACCUCCGAAGGAUAGACUCCCCACCUUAGCACUCGCAAAAGCAUACUAUGAAUUCCUUCCUGAUCUUGGAAUUCAUCCCGAUCAUGACAGUCGAUACUUCAGGUUCAUAUUCAAAAUUGGUGCCACUGGCGAAUUCACUGGCACACUCUUCGACAAAUUCGAAGAAUGUUUGGCCAAAAGGGGCAUUACUCUCGAAUUCGACUACAAUACUCAUGACUAUCUACGUAGUAAUAAAGCUACUUCUCAAGAUGUCGCAGACAAUAAAGAAAGUGACACUCUCUAUAACGAUGAAAAUGAUUCACCAUUACCACGACGCAAUUCAGAGACAGGCGUCUUGGAUCUGGAGAUUGCCGCUCAGGCACAAGCUCCACCACAAGAGCCAAAACAUAAAAGGAAUAAAUCAGUCUCCCCUCUACCUCUCGGGCCUACCACACCCGCAAAAUUAAAUGAACUGAAGAGCUUCAUUUCGGAAGCUACUCGCGCACCAUCUCCGGAACCUAUCCCAGAACCUACACCGCAACCACCUAGAACCACCCAAAAAGGGCGCGAAGAACGUGGAUUAAACAACGUCAGAAAUUGGCUCGAAGCCAGUGAGGACGGGUCGCCUCGCAGUCAGAGCAGAUCAAUUUCUGCACAUGGCAGCAUUCGCUCAAUUAAUCGAGACCCAGAGAGAGUUGCCCCAAGGGAUCGCCCAUCUGGUCGCAUUCCUAUAAAUAACAUUACAUACGAAGAUCAAGACAUCAACGACGAGUUGACCACCCCUUCGGAAGCUGAAGAACAUGAAGCGCAAAAAGCCGAAGAACAAGAAGUCGAGGAGCAAAAGGUCGAAGAGCUCGAAUCUGACGACGAAGAUGACGAAGAGCAAUUUUAUGACUCCUUUGAGGAGUUAGAAGAGGAAGAGAACGACGAGGAAUUCUACGACUCCAGCGAAGUAUUCGAUUUAAAUGACCCAUGGGUUCGACACGUAAUUAAACAAAAUAAAAGAGCGAAAAUCAUCAGGACACAUGAUUUGCUGAUCAGAAAGCUACUCUCGUGGCGAGACCAAGCAAGAGAACGCCUAGAUCAAAAAGCGAAGCUGAAUGCUAUUGCUAUGAAGCACGACAACGGCGCCUUGAAAGAACAGGCCCUGUCUGGCUGGGUCGAAAAAGCUCGCGCAAAGAAAAUUCAACGAUUGCUCCUGGAAGCCCAGGCGCAACAACGACGACGUCUUCAGGAAGAGCAAGAGGAACAACAACGCCUCCAAGAAGAGCAAGGGAAGCAACAACCUGCUCAUCAAGCUCAAUUGGAAGCUGAAAAGGCUGAACCGAAAGCUAUCCCAAUGAAGAAUAACAACAAUACUCUGAAGGAGCAAGCAUUAUCUGGCUGGCUGGAAAAAAUCCGUGCCAAAAAAGCAGAAAAGUCACUCCUAGAAGCUCAGGCACAGCAACAACAACGUUUUCACGAGGAGCAAGAGGAGCAACAACGCCUUCAAGAGGAGCAAGAGAAGCAACAACUCGCCCACCAAGCUCAAUUAGAAGCCAAAAAAGCUGAACCGAAAGCUGUUUCAAUGAAGAGUAACAACAAUGCUCUGAAGGAGCAAGCAUUAUCUGGCUGGCUGGAAAAAAUCCGUGCCAAAAAAGCAGAAAAGCUACUCCUAGAAGCUCAGGCGCAGCAAAAACAACGCCUCGAUGAACAAGAGAGGCAAGAACUUGCCUAUCAGGCUCAACUGGAGGCUGAGCAGAAACUUCAUGAACAAAGAAUACAUGAAGCUCAACAAGCAAAGCUUUACAAAGCUCAGAAAGAUGCCGAAAAAGCGCGCCAGGCUGAGUUGGAAGCUGAGAGAGCUGAAUUAGAAUUUGAGCAGAAGUUUCGGGCGAAGGGAAAGAAAUUCGCAAGGAUCGGAUUAAGAGCCGUCUCGUGCAGAAAUGAUCAUCUCAAGAAGAAAGCUUUCACUCAUUGGUUGGCGAUAGCUCAAGACAAAGUUGAAGCCACAAAAGCCGCAGAGAGACAAAUGAUGAGGUCACGUACUUUUAAGGCCUGGAAGUCUCACACGAAGGAGACUGAGGAGAAAGUUCAACUGGGCGAGGAAAAGGCUCGACAAGUCCAACUGAAAAAAUUCCUCGAAAAAUGGAAAGCAAAGAAGCUGAAAAUUGAUGUGGAUGCAGAGGAAGCUGCUGAAGUUGACAAGUGCAACAUGCUUGAGCGAGUCUUUUCGAAAAUGGCUGAGAAGAAAAAAGUAAAAGAUUUUACCAAAGAAGUCGAGCAAAAGAAUAAGCAACGGGCUUUGUCGACAUGGGUAGAAAAGGCACAAGCUGUGGCCGAAGCCACUCAGCUAGCAGAUGACGAGAAUUUAUUGAAAGCGGUCGAGAAGACCAUGAAAACUUGGAAACAGAAGACGGUAAAACAAGUUGCACUCAACCAGGAAGCCGAGAUGAUUGCCGAAACGAAGAAAAAAGCCGAUUCUAUGUAUAAAUGGCACCGCGAAGCUCAGGCAGCCCCUGCCAGAAGAAGGGUACAGGGUGGUCACAAUGCCGGUGUACUUAAAGGCGCUUUGCAUAGUUGGAAAAAACGUGCUGAGAAAGAGAAACAAGCUGCGGAGAUCGAUCGUGCCAAGAUUCUCCGCGAAGCAUUUACCAAAUGGCGACAUCAAACAAGGGCGAAGAUCUCACAGGCCAUUUCAGAAGGCCGUGCUGUAGCAAAAGCCUUCAAAAUUUGGGAAUUAAAGACAAAGUUGAAAGGCGCAGAGGCACAGAGAGAGGAAGAUGUCAAGUUUGCAUGCUUGGAAGUCUGGUUCGAUAGGGCUCAGGAUACACGAAGCAGACGCUGGGAGCGAGAAGAGACGGCUCGACGGUACGACAACACAAACCUAGCAACGUCUGUCCUUAAAUGCUGGUAUGCAAGAAUGGACGAAAAGGCCGAAUUUGAAGCCCAAGCGGCGGAACUUCAAGCUCCACGAAUUCUAGGUGAAUGUUUCGAUUCUAUGCGCGAAAAAGUCAAAAAAAUCGCCAUAGACAAUAAAACCGCUCGCGGAUGCAGAAAAUUCUUCUUGAUGAGGACGGCUUUGUAUGCGUGGCGAGACGCAACAUUCAAGGCGAAACGAGAAAAGCGUAAGCAAGCAUAUAUCAAAGUUCGAAGAAACAGAAAAUACGCUAUUGGAAGAAGAUGGCUUUCUGUUUGGCGUGCCAAGGCACAAGAGAAAAUGGCACUGAGCGAGCAGGCCAAUCAGUUCGCCCAAGGUAAAACAUACAUCAUAGGAAUGGACAAGUUUGAUCAGUGGAGAGCCCGAACGGAUGAAGUAGCCGAAUAUGAACCCCUUUGGAAAGAGAUGGUCACGAGGAAAUUCUUCAAUAGAUGGAAGAAUCGCACCGAGUCAUUACAAGUGUUGAACAUCGAGGCAACACUGGACCACCAGGAGCAUAAUCAAUCUGAAGCGCUUCGAAAAUGGAGAUUGAAGGCGAUUCAAGCAAAAGCUAUGGCGAACACUGCAAAGGAAGUGCACGAUAGGAGCACAAGGAAGGGACAGAGAAAAAUGCUUCAUCACUGGCAAAAACGAACUGCGAAUCAGCGACCAAUCGUGGAGGAUGGCACACCUCCGGGAACUGAGACAGCAGAGAAUUGGUCGGAUUUUGGAGAGGAAGUUGAGAUGGAUGAAAUCACACGAAGGCUUUACGAGAAGCGGCCGGCUGUCGAGAAAAGACCGGUUGUCUUCAAUCCAAUAACCCCUGGAUACAUGGCUACGCCCUCUCGAAGAAGAGUUGCUGCAUCUGUACGUUAUCAAUCUACAAGUGCAAGAGGGACAUUGCAAACCCCUAGAACUGCUCCGCUCAGGAGUAGGUUCAGCGAGUUUAGGAGCAUCCGGGAAUGAUCAUGCUGGAAUGACAAAAGGUGGAAUUUUUUAAGAUGGCGUUUUUGGUUCAAGAAGUAUAGAUACCCCCUUAUGAAUGGUUGGAACGGAAUUGGACAAUUGGAGUAGAUCAAAUAUCAAUAAAGUAUUAAGAAAAACA